AUGAAUCGCCAAAGACGACAAAACGGGCGCGGCGGUUCAAGCCACUCCCAUCCACGUGUACCCCCUUCAAGAUCUAUCAACCCUGGCACACCCGUCAACAUUAUCCUCAAGGCCGACCAGCCUACAGGGCGCACAGUAUCAGGCACAGUCAGCGAUGUACUGACACGAGGAGAUCACCCACGAGGUGUCAAAGUGCGCCUCACUGAUGGGCGCGUCGGGCGAGUACAGAGCCUUGGCAGCAGCGAGGAGUCCUCAGGCCCGACGCAGGAGGAAAUCGAUGGAGAAGAGGGCAUACAAUUAAGAACAGAGGGAGGCGAUCCCAGUGGAAGACGUAAUCGCUUUACUGCACGCGACAUGCGUCUCGAUGGACCCGAAGAGCCUCCAUCAGAAGUCAUGGGGCUAGAUAUGUAUAUCCGUCCUCCCAAGGCAAAGAAGCGGGGCGCAAAGACGCAGGCGCAACAGAAUGUGGACAACAGGGAUGGUGGUAUGGUAGACUCGCCCGUCCCUGCUCAAAAGACAGUCGAGACAGUAUCCUGUCCUGUGUGUGGCACAUUUGAGGGUGAUGAAGCCGCUGUAGCCCACCAUGUUGCAGGACAUUUCGAAAAGUGA